AACUCUGGUUCUUUCUUUUGAACUGUUAUCUCUCUCUCUCUCUCUGAAAAAUCUUCAGUAUUGAUUCUCUGUUUUCUUUCCGAUACCUUUUGGAUCGGACGGCGUGGUUCCUCGAAGGUAUUUGCCUUGCAUAAUGAAGGGGUCCAAGGGUAAGGGAACAUCAAGGGUCUCGAAAGAAGCUUUGAAGCCAGUGGAUGAUAGAAAGGUUGGGAAGCGAAAGGCUGCCAUUAAGGCUGACAAGAAUAGCAAACGACCAACAAAGAAGGAUUUGAAAGCCAAGAAAGAUCCCAACAAACCUAAGAGGCCUCCAAGUGCUUUCUUCGUUUUCCUAGAGGAGUUCAGAAAAGAGUUCAAAAGGGACAAUCCUCAUGUGAAGGCAGUAUCUGCAGUUGGAAAAGCUGGAGGAGAGAAGUGGAAAUCCUUGAGUCAUGCUGAAAAAGCACCCUACGAAGCCAAGGCGGCUAAGAAGAAGGCUGAAUAUGAAAAGCUUAUGAGGGCAUAUGACAGCAAGAAGGCCAGUGACGAAGAAUCAGAGAGGUCGAAAUCUGAAGUGAACGAUGAGGACGAGGCCAGUGAGGAGGAACAUCAAGAUGAUGAUGAUGAUGCAGAGGAAGAUGAUGAAGAUGACGAAGAUGAAGAUGAUGACUAGAUUGAAAAACAGCUUUCUGACACUCACAAUGGCCGACCCAGCUAGAGGGAGGGACUAGCUCAUGUAUGUUCAUAUUUAGAACUUGUGUGCUUUCUUUUCUCUCUUCUUUUGUAUUUGUGUAACAUGAAAGAAGUGCCGUAUGGCGCUUCCCUCCGAUAUCUUACUGUUUAAAUGGUGGUCUCGACACUGCUCACAUCGCUUUUGUCGUACACAUAGUUAAGAUCUCUGGGUAUUCUGGCCAUGUGAUGACGAGGUAAAAUUAUCAAAUACCAUCUUUUGGAAGCUGUAGAUCAAGUUCAAGAAAUGGGGUUUGUUUCUUUUAUCAAACUUUUAGAAAGAGAUCGUAUGAGCUUCAGCUGGAUA